CGUAUCUAACGCUGUGUACACAUUCUCGGUUAAAUACAGACUUUCUGCUGCUGAUAUUCAGUGAAAAAUAUUUCUACAAACAGUGUAGAAUGUCGAGCAAACGGAAACAUAAGACUCUACUUUUAAAAGAUAAAAUUGAUAUUUUAAUGAAGUUAGAUAGCGGAGAAAACAUCUCCAAACUUGCAAAAGAGUAUGGAGUCGGACGUGCUACUUUGCACGACCUUAAAAAAAAUAAACAGAAGAUUGUGGAACAUGUGAAGGCGAUGGAAUCUGGACCAGGAAAUCGUAAAACAUUAAGAGAAGGUAAUUGUCCAAAGAUGGAAAACGCUCUUUACAUGUGGUUCAUGCAACAGCGUUCUAAACACAGUCCUAUAUCUGGUGAAAUUUUGAAAGCAAAAGCAAUCGAGUUUUAUAAAAACAUUACUCAAAAAGAUGAUUUUCGUGCCAGUGUUGGAUGGUUUAACAAAUUUAAAAAGCGAUUUGGUAUACGUUUGUUAACCGUAUCAGGGGAAAAUCCCUCAAGCGAUGGAUCUGCAGUGCAGCCAUUUACCCCAAAUCUUAAAGAAGUGAAUGAACUGAGUCUUCUUCCGGAUCAAAUAUACAAUGCAGACGACAGUGAAGUAUUCUUGAGAUUGUUGCCCAAUAAAAAAUUUUUAUCCUCUAAAGAAGCAAGCUCGGAAGAAACACAGCAAAUGGUUAUAGCGGAAGAAAUAUGCGAAGUAGUACUAGAAGACGAAACUCCUGUAGAAAUAUUGGGGCCACCGACUACUGCAAUUGCUAAAAUAAAACCAAAUACAGCAUUCAAUUGUUUCAAUACCUGCAUAAAAUGGGCUGAAGAAAACGGUGUAUCUGCCAAUGAUAUAAUCAUUCUUCGAAAACUCAGAGAAAAGGUUUUUCAACAAGAACUAAAAGUUGCGUAA